UGUACUUGAAAAUCACGUGAUGUCUUUCCGCCUAUCCGAGGCAGACUCCAACUUUGUCCUUUACGAAGGUUGAGGAUCCCCACCCUUCAGCUUCUAAGUGCUCAAAAUUAAUUAGUGCGAUAAGUAUGAAGAACUGACAGAUGAUGACUUGGGUGUAUGAUCACACACCCAAGUUGCACGUGAUGGUACUUUGAAACCACGGUUUAUUGGCUUGAUUACCACGAUUUUUGGCUGGGUUUAUUCCACCAAUGCGCCGUCGAGCGCCACCAGAUGCCCAUACAGAAAGCAGGCAACGCGUUAUGUGCAUGUGCGAAUGUGGAGUUACUAAUUUUGCGCACACCCUGUACAUUAAGGCGGCACGUACAUGUGUCAUCCUUGAUGCAGCUUGCAUGCAUUGCCCCGUGUAAUUCUUUAGUGGAUCUCUAGCACUCUAUUCUAAAUGCCCUUUUCCUUUGUGGUUUGUUACAUAAACAAUUUGCCGUUUGUUAGUUUGUUGUGCCCAUGGCUGUCCCGUGCUUUCCCCCACUCAGUGAAAUGAAUCGUUGAACUAUGUAUGCGUUUGAUGCAAACGCUGGGAGUGCAUUUACCAAAGAUUUCUUGCAGGGGCUCGAAGACAGCGGUGAUUGCUGUCGCAGUUUGUCUCUUGUUGACAGGAUGUGCGUUUGCUGUAGCGCUUACAGUGCUUAGGUUGGGCGGCGAUAGUGGCGACGACAUCAUUGGAGCUGGAGAUGACGGAGUUCACCAAGUGAUGACCAAUAUCAGGCAUCUAAUGCACAAUCCAGCUCGGCCACAACGCCUGAGACCACCUCUACCUCUACCUCUACCUCGACUACAACCACGACACAUAAACCCGAAAAGUUGGCUUGCUCCAUCUUCAAUGACUCUCUGUCAAGGGACGAUCUCUGCGAUUACCUUUUCCUUGAAGACCCCAAGCCCCUCAAUGACGCCAGCCCUGCGAGAAACGAGUUCGCCAAAAAGUGUCGCAGCUACUCCAGGACCAAAUGUGGGAUGCUAACUAAGGGCAGCCUGAGUACAGCAUUGCAGCUUCUACGGAGCCCUAAUGGGAAAAAAGCGACGGAAGAGCUCUGGAAAAGUGGCGUCCGUCACCAGAUCGUGCUGUAUGUAUCCCUAUCAGGUGGAGCUCAGCUGAAUGAAAUUGACACCAUCGUUGCCCUUAGGAAGGAAUUCGACAGCCAGCAGGAGAAACUAAAGAGCCAACCUGGUGAUUACGCUUACUACUUCGUUGGAGUAUUAGCUCAGUACAGCGGUAAUGCUGCCAGCGACUCCCUGGUUAAGACACACUUCCAACGCAUGUUGCU